CGCAUGUGUGAGAAUGGAUGUAAAUAGUUUGACAGAUUUGACAGUUGAAUAUUACACUUUUUUAUUGCAACGAUAAAUUAAUAUAAAAAAGAAUUCAAUUUCUCUAUAAGCAAAAUCUCGUUAAUAAUUAAUAAUUAAGGAGAAAACGGAGAAAAUAAAAAAAGUAUAAUACAUUGAAAAACUAAGUUGUUUACUGUUCAUAACCUCACUUUUAAAUUGUUUGUGUUUGUUUCGUUUUAAGUCAUGGAAAUAAAUCCACUGAGUAUUAUUCUUGUUAAAAGUGACAGUAAAGGUGACAGGAUGCUUUUUCGUUAUCCACAUACAACUAAUCAUGAAAGAGAUUCAAAUCAAUGUACAAAACGAAAGAAUCCUUAUUCGUUAAUUAUAAAUGAAGAUCUACUACAGUCGUUGCCAUUUCCUACGUCGAAUAUAACGAAUGGGAAUCUUACGGGAUUAUCAGAUGAAGUUCUAUCGACGUUAUUUGCAGUGAAACCUGAAUUAUGUGAAUUGAAAUUUGAAUUAAAAGUAAAUAAUGUACGUUUUGUUGGACAUCCAACGCUUCUUUCAUCGCGAGGAACAAAAGAAACAAAUUCGUCAAUGUUGGUCAAUGUUGUUUUCGCUCUUCAAGCACAAGCCACUCAUUCGGUUGUGAAAUGUUAUUACGAUCUUAGCAGAAGACUUGGGAUCGCAUUAAGGCACGAGGAGAAGCGAUGCGGAUAUCUUAGUGAAGAAAUUAAAAUGAUGGUAUCCACACACGAUGAAGCAGCUGCUCGUUCAGAAGAGGAGAGCGACGGGGACGAAUCGCCAUACGAAGUGAUACUGCAAAAAAGUUCUCUCGCUCGCGAUUUGAAAUCAGUUUUCAACAGUCUGAGUACAACCGGAGUAAUUAAUAUUAUGAUCAAUAAAUGGAUUCAAGUCAGUUUUUGCCUGCCGCAAAAAGUUCAUCAGUCCCACAAAAAAGGCUUUAUCAUGAAUCCAGAAAUGAUUGACAGAUGCUUGAAAAGUUUGAGGCCCUAUCAUGGUUUGCUAUUGUUGAUCGAGCCUCUGGAAUUAUUGGAAUCUCUUCCUUCGGAUUCAUCGCCAGCGCUGAGGCGAAUGAUUCAAAUGUAUAAUCCUCUAAAGAGUCUGCAAACUUUAGCUGCUGAUUCGGAUCUCACGUUAUCUCAAGUUUUUCAAUUAACUGGACAUUUAGUUUAUUGGGCGAAGGCAACUAUUAUUUAUCCACUUUGCGAAAGUAAUGUUUACGUUGUCUCACCGGAUGCAAUUAUAACGAAUCAAUUAUUGGAAAUGUUUUCCGAACAAUUUCCAGGAUUGUGUCUCUUACAAGUUCUGAGUGAUUUUUCUCUUCCAACGUCGAUUAGUCAAAAACUAAAUCCUCUGAAUCAACCACAACAACAGACGCAAUUGGUGAAAAUUAUUAUUUGGAUGCUAAAAUAUCAUCUUUUGCUGCAGUUACACACUUACGUGCAAUAUAUGCCGACGGCUCAUGGUCGAAUAAUUAAGGAUGCGAAGUCUUCGGACACGUCGAGUCCAACAGGAACGGUAGAAAAUGAAAAUGGACAUCAACAGGAAGACAGCAGUUGGAGUCUGAGCGAUACACCAAAAGGAACGCCGAGCGAUUCAAAAACAGACAUGUCCCUCUCAAUUCACAAGGAGGAUGGAAUUUAUGAUUUUCAACCGGAAAGUUAUUCAAUUCCAUCGGACGAUAUUAUUUUACUCGAUAAACUCUGUCGACACGGUUAUUUUCGUGGUGGACAUCAUUUAGAAGAAAUUAUGUACUUGGAAAAUAUUCGUCGUUCACAAUUAUUACAAAUUCUCGAUAAAUUUCGUGAUAUUUUAAUUACAUGCGAGAGUGAAGAUCCAGCGAUUGCACUUUUUUACUCGCAAUUAAGUUCACAGUGAUAAUUAAAAAAAUAUAUUAUUUUUUUUAUAAAAAGGUAAAAAAAAUAUUAUUUUUGUAUAUAUUGUAAAGAAUAUAUUUAACGUUGGAAAUUUUUUAUACUUGUUAAAUUGUUUUAAAUAUUAUUGAUGAGGUAAAUAUAAUCUAUUAUUGGAGGUAAAUGUAAUUUUCUUUUAAUUUA